GCGGAAGCGGAGCCCCCCCGCCCCGGGCCCGCGGAGCCGCCGCAGGCCCCAUGGACGCGGAGGUGCCCCGGGGGCUGUAGGAGCCGCCCGCCAGGCGCAGGUGAGGGUCGGGCGGGGGCUCGACCGGGGGGGCACCCGCCGCCCCGCCUUGUGCCGCCCCGUGCCGCCUCACCCUCUGUGUGCCCCCCCGUCCCGGCCCCAGCCAUGUCGGGGUCCCUGAGCAAGCGGAGCGACCUGGCCAACGACAAUAGCCGCCUGGGGCUGAGCCUGGGGCUGCAGGGCCCCCCCGAGCCCGGGCAGCUGCUGCGCCCCAAGGGCCCCCCUGGCUCCCCCCAGGGCCCCCGCCUCUAUGGCAGCACGGAGCUGCAGGGCGGGGGGGGGCCGCCUGCCCCGGCCGGCGAGGAGCCGGCCAAUGCCAAGUGGGUGAAGGACGGGCAGAACCAGCUGCGCCGGGCGGCCGAGCGGGACCAGAACCGCAAUGAGCUGGGGCCCCCCCCCGAGGAGCUGGAGGUCUCGGCCCGCAACGCCCGCAAUGCUGGCGGGGGGGCCCUGCCCCUGCUCAUCGACCUGCGGGGCACCGAGGAGGACGAGGAGGAGGAGGACGAGGAGGAGGAGGAUGAGGAGGAAGGGGACGGGGACUCCACGCCGGUGCAGAGCGACCCCAUGACGGCUGAGUCGGAGCAGAGUGGGGAGCGGGCGCCCCGCGAGCACGGCCGCAGUGCCAGCCUGCUCUUCGGGGUGCGCAGCGGCACCGCCAGCGACGAGGACUCCAGCUGGGCCACGCUCAGCCAGGGCAGCCCUGCCGGCAGCUCCCCCGACGACGCAGACUCCUUCUGGACCCGCAACUCCUUCGAGACGGACUCAGACCUGCCUGCGGGAUGGAUGCGGGUGCAGGACACCUCGGGCACCUACUACUGGCACAUCCCCACCGGCACCACGCAGUGGGAGCCCCCCUCGGGGCUGGCCCGUGGCUUGGCCCCCGGCUCCCCCGGCAACACCCCCUCCGAGGAACCACCGCUCGCCUGGACGGGCUUCGCCCCGGCUGAGCGCUUUGGCGAGGGAGAUUUCUGGAAGGACCCCGCGGCGGAGGAGGCGGAUGAUGAGCCGGGAGCGCAGGAUGAGGAGCUGCCAUCACCGGGCCUGGCCUCGCCGAGCAUGGGCGCGGCCCUGGCCGAGGAGGACAAGCCAGGCUCUAAGCGCUUCGCCGUGCGCUCGCUGGGCUGGGUGGAGAUGAGCGAGGAUGAGCUGGCUCCAGGCCGGAGCAGCAUCGCCGUCAACAACUGCAUCCGCCAGCUCUCCCUGCACCAGCGCGGCCCUCCCGGCGCUUGGGGGGAGGGCCGGGCGAUGCUGCUGCUGCUGGAGAAUCAGACGCUGAAGCUGGUGGACCCGCAGGAUCAGGCCCUGCUGCAUGCGCAGCCCGUGGCCAGCAUCCGCGUCUGGGGUGUGGGGCGCGACAGCGGCAGGGACUUCGCCUACGUGGCCCGGGACCAGCUGACGCAGAUGCUCAAGUGCCAUGUCUUCCGCUGCGAGAGCCCCGCCAAGAACAUCGCCACCAGCCUGCACGAGGUCUGCUCCCAGAUCAUGGUGGAGCGGCGAAGCGCCCGGGCGCUGGCUAAUGGCCUCUCCAUGGACCCCUCCAGGCUGGUGGAGAUCCCCUUCCAGGUGGAGUUCCCGGCGCCCAAGAGCGAGGUGGUGCAGAAGUUCCCGGUGUGCUACCUGGGCUGCGUGCCCGUCGCUAAGCCCGUGGGCAUGGAUGUCAUCAACGCGGCGCUGGAGGCAGCGCUGGCCACCGGCAGCAAGGAGCACUGGACCCCCAUCGUGGUCAACGUGGCACCCGCCACCCUCACCAUCACCCACGAGCAGACAGAGGCGGUGCUGUGCGAGUGCCGCGUGCGGUUCCUGUCCUUCAUGGGGGUGGGCCGGGACGUGCGCUCCUUCGCCUUCAUCAUGGCCAGCGCCCCGGGCGCCUUCCGCUGCCACAUGGUCUGGUGCGAGCCCAACGCCGCGGGGCUGAGCGAGGCGCUGCAGGCCGCCUGCAUGCUGCGCUACCAGAAGUGCCUGGACGCCCGGCCCCAGGCCUCCAGCUCCUGCCUGCCCGCGCCGCCCGCCGACUCAGUGGCCCGCCGGGUGGGCUCCUCCGUCCGCAGGGGCGUGCAGACCCUGCUGGGCAGCCUGAAGCCCAAGCGCCUGGGGGCCCAGACACCGUGAGCUGGGAUGGGGGGGGAGCAACCAAGACCCCUUCCCUACCUGCCGCCCCCGGGGACAGGACGGGGGGGACAGGACGGAUGGGGCGGCAGUGCCGGGGACACGCAGGGUGCCGGCGGGAGGGCGAGCCCGCGCCGGGGGGUCGGGCAUGCGUGUGUGUGAGCGUCCCUGUGCGUGAGGGGCUGCAGGGCACGCGCCUGCACCGGGGGUGCAUGCCGAGUGCCAUGCCCUGCCGUGGCUCUGGCCCCUCCGGCCGUGCCUGUGGGUCGUGGGUCCUGCCCCACACGGCGGGGCGAGCCCCCCUCGGCCCCGCGGGGACGACGGCGCCGGCAUGGCGGGGGUGCAGGGCCCGCCCUGCCCCGAUGCAUGUGGUCUAACCUGCGGCGUGGGGCUCCCCGGGGCCGCCGGCUCCGGAGCCACCACUCCUGCUGUAACGAAGAUCUGUGUUGUACUAAAUAAUUAAUAAACCCAUUCCACCA